AUGGCGAUGGCACUGCUGGAGGUUCUGUGCAGCCUGGCGGGCUGGUUGGGUCUCUAUGCGUUACUGUGCCGGGUCUCGCCUCAGCGCGGGCCCGAGUGGAACUGUCGACUUGUCACACUGACGCAUGGCGUCGUCAUUGUGAUGCUGACGGCGUACGUGGUCUUUGUGGAAGGACCUUGGCCCCUCACACAUGCUGGUAGCGAAAACACGACUCUUCAGACGUCCGCGCUGUGCGUCUGUCUGGGCUACUUCCUGUUCGACAUGGCCUGGUGCGUACGCUUCGGCGGCGAAGGCACCGUCAUGAUGGGUCACCACGCCGCCAGCAUCGUCGGGAUCCUGCUGGCGCUGCUGACGGGCGAGUCGGCGUGCGAGACGUGCGCCGUCAUCUUCGGCAGCGAGCUCACCAACCCUCUGCUGCAGGCCCGCUGGUUCCUGCGGCGGCUGGGCCGCUACGACAGCCUGCUGGGCGACGCCGUCGACCUGCUCUUCAUCUUCCUUUUUGCCACCGUGCGGGUGGGCGUGGGCGCUGCCCUGUUCUACUGCGAGCUGACCUCACCCAGGACUAGUUUGGCGAUGAAGCUGGGCGGCGUGGUGAUGUACGGGCUGGCGUGGGUGUUCAUGGUGGAUAUCGGCAAGUUCGGAUACAAGAAAAGUCGGAUGCGCUUCAAACAGUGGCAGGAGAAGUGCAAAGAUUCUUGA